AUGCCGCGGCGUCGGGACCAACCGGGGCCUGGGCACUAUGAGAUCCCGCACUUCCUGACGCAGAGCACGAGGGGAGCGAGCUUGAAGAUUGGCAGCCGGAUGGGGAACCAGUCGGAGCUGGUGCCUGGGCCGACAGACUAUGUCUCCAAGCCAUUUUGCCCAACCGAAAAGCGGGCGACCCACAUUAGGUUUGGCACGGCGAAGCGCUUUGGGAGGAAUGGCGAGGACACUCCUGGACCCUGCCAGUAUACACCUCAUAAUCCAACAGCCACUUCGGAGCGUCGAAGCAUUGGAGAAAAGACCGGCAUGAAGCUGCCUGGGCUUGGCGACGCAACACCUGGCCCUGGUGCCUACACGCCGAAGGUUUCGCAACGAAGCCCCGGGACGGCGUUUUACCGAGGCGCUCGGCGGUCUCCGUUCGCUCCAUUCAAGGAUGGGCCAGGCCCGGCUGCAUACAUGACGGAGCAGGAGUCCAGGCACGCCCUGAACAGCAACGGCUUCGGUUAUGGGCCUCGACUACAUGGACUGUCUGACGACAAUUCGCCGGGCCCUGGAUCCUACAGUUGGGACCUGAAGCCUUAUGGUCCCAAGAUCAGUAUGACGCCCAGACGGGACUAUGACACAUGA